AUGGAGCUCGGUUGCUUGGCAACGACCCACUCCAAAGCAAUCCACAAGCUGGAUGUGCCGUCAUUUGAUUGGCCGAUCGCUCCGUUUCCUAGGCUUGAGUACCCGCUGGAAGAAUUUACCAGAGAGAACGCACAUGAAGAGGCUCGCUGUCUGGAGGAGGUGGAGGAUCUGAUCGUGAAGUGGAGGCAGAAGGGGAAGCCUGUGGCUGGGGUUGUGAUCGAACCCAUCCAGGCUGAAGGUGGAGAUAACCACGCCUCCUCUGACUUCUUCAGGGGACUCCGCGACAUCGCACGCAAGGUAACAAACACUCAUCACUAUAGCAACAGAUCUAUAAAGGACUUGACUUGUGACUGUGAUGGUUGAGCUUCUUAUGACUCA